UAAAUAAUUCACUAAAAAUGAAGAGUGAGAGUUCUUGCAAACCCUAGCAUGCCCAACCAUUCCUGACCUAAUCCUUCAAAAAAUCGAGCUCGCCAUGGAUGGAUCUUCGAGGUUUCGGCCGCCGCAAGGGCACCUUUGCCCCAUCUGUUCGACCCCCCACUUCCCUUUCUGCCAAAUGCCGAUCCAGAUGCCACUGGCGCCCCAUGCAUUCGACCAUUACCGUCCUGAAUUUCGCCGAUUUCCUCCAGGUCCCGCUCCGCCGUUCUCGCACCGGCCUCCUUUAUGGGACCACCGACCGCCGCUGCAGCCUCCGAGGCUGCACCCGCCAGAAACCUGGGGCGUGAAUCGUGCCAUGGAGGGGGAGAUCUUCCGCCCUUUUAUGGAUCCGCCACAGCGGUUUCCGCAAGAUGAGUUUUUGGGAGGAGAGACCUCAUAUAAAAGGAUGCGAGUCGAAGAACCAACAGCGGGGACUCCCCACCUUCAUCCAUUAUUCGAUCGCAACGGGUUUGUUUCAGGGAGGAUAUCGGUGGAGGAUGCACGCAGGCUUAAUCUGAUUCGAGAUCAUGGGAAACUGAAUGAAGAGUUGAUGCAAUCUAAAGGCGAAUUUCUGCCAGAUCGAUUUGCCCGUGCAGGAUCACAGAGUCAACCAGGGGAUGCGAGGGUAGAUCGCGUCUCUGAUGGCUCAAAGUUUAACUCGGUUGGAAAAAGUGGUUUACUUUUACCUCUCGAAACAAUUUCUUUCUCCCCAAAUAAAGUGUCGCGGCCAAGUCAAUUUGAAGGGCAUCAGAGUUUUAAAGAACCUUCAACUUCCUAUGGGGUUGAGCGGUAUGCAUUCCGUGAAAGACUAGAUUUUGAAAGAAUGGAGGUCUACGAUACACAUUUGGGUGAGAACAGGAUUGGUCGUUGCGAAAAAAGAUAUUCUUCUGGUGGCUCAGACGUCCAGGACUACGCAAAUGCAAGACAUAAUCAAUACGAUAGUUUCCCAAAUGUAAUACACGAUAGGCACGAUGUUUCUUUUCAGCAGAGCGGCAGCUAUAGGGAUGAUGUCUCUAUGCCCAAUACUAGGUACAAUGCAGCUCAUGUCACCAACGAACUUCCUUUUUCUGUGAAGAGACAGCAAGCUACACACAAUACAUUAAAUUACUUACCACGAGACCAAUUUGAACAGAAUGAUCGCAAUGAUUUCCCAGAGAUUCAUGCACCAAAAGAUUACCCUUAUGCGCUGCCAAAUGCUAAAAAUCCUGAACAAGUAAGUUAUCAACUUGCACGAGAGAAAAGUUCCUAUCCAGCAUUUGGAGGCCCUACAGAAAGCAGAUUUGAUCUAGUCAUCCAACAAACAGAUGCACUUGGAUUUCCCUAUGAAAUUAAAGUUCCAGAUAUAUGUGAUACUCAAAGACCACUAAAACCACUAAAUUAUCCAUUGUCAGAAGAGUCUGGUUCAGAGAACUUUGUUGUGCAAGGAGGUUUCUCUAACUUUUCUACUAUUGAUGGUAAUGGCAUGUCAAAAAAUAUGGGUCGAAUGCAUACACCUGGAGUACAACUUUCUAUGCCACCAUCUCUUCCAGCUACUCAUGUUCCAGAGACUUCACCACUGACUGCACCACCGCUAGCAUUGUUUCCUGUCCUACCAAUCACAUCCAUUCCUACGAAUAGAAAAUAUCCUGAUCCGCAUGCUUUACCAGAGUCUAGUGACUAUAUACAGCAACCUCCUCCGGUUAAGAUUGCACAGGAUUUACCUCUCAUCCAUCAAGUACCACUGAAACAUUUUCCUGAUGGAGUGCCAAUAGUUUCAAUCAAUCAUUCUAUCAAUGCUAAACCAACAAUUGUCAAUGCUUGUGAUUUGUUUAAGCAACCUCUACGUGCAUCUCGACCUGAUCAUAUUGUCAUCAUCCUUCGCGGACUCCCAGGUAGUGGAAAGAGCUAUUUGGCUAAAGCAUUGCGUGAUAUUGAGAUCGAGAAUGGUGGAAAUGGUCCCAGAAUUCAUGCAAUGGAUGAUUAUUUUAUGGUUGAAGUUGAGAAGAACAUUGACGACAAUGAUGGUUCUAAAUCCACUGGUUCAUCCAGAGCAAAAAAACAGACCACUAAGAAAGUGAUCGAGUAUUGUUAUGAGCCAGAAAUGGAAGAGGCAUAUCGGUCAAGCAUGUUAAAGGCAUUUAAGAAGACACUUGAAGAAGGCAUAUUCACAUUUAUAAUUGUGGAUGACCGCAAUCUGCGGGUAGCCGAUUUUGCUCAGUUUUGGGCAAUUGCGAAGAGAUCAGGGUAUGAGGUAUACUUGCUGGAAGCUCCAUACAAGGAUCCAAUGGGCUGUGCGGCUAGGAAUGUGCAUGGUUUUACACUAGAAGAUACACGGAAGAUGGCAGAAAAAUGGGAAGAAUCUCCAUCUUUAUACAUGCAAAUUGAUAUUCAGUCAUUAUUUCAUGGGGAUGAUCUGAAUGAGCAGUCCAUUCAAGAGGUUGACAUGGACAUCAAUGACUCAGACUGUGACAACAAUAAGGCUAAGUUACUGGAGGAAAGCCUCAAAUAUCCAGAACCAAAAAGAGAUAAUUUUGUACAUAGACAAGAGAAGUGGGAAUUUGAUGAAGGGGAAGAGUGGCAAACAAGAAUCAAAGAAUUGGGUAGCAGUAAAUGGUCGAAGGAUUUAGAUGAGGAAGACAAAAAGCUUGAAGGUGUUGGAAAAAAUAUAAAUGCACUUUCUGGCCUUAUUCAUGCUUAUAGCAAGAGUGGAAAAUCAGUUCACUGGGGUGAUCAGCUCAACAAAAGUGGAUUUUCAAUCGGCACUGUGAAGAAACACUCCUUGAUCAUUGGUCCAGGAUCGGGAUACAAUUUGGCAUCAAAUCCAGUAGGUGAAAACCAAGACAUUACAGAGGCAGCUAAGACUAGCAAUACAAGUGAAUCAAAGAGGCGGUUCAGCGAAAAACUUCGUGCUGAGCACGAAUCAAUCAGAGCCCUUUUGAGCAAAAGGCGGCAACGGAUUGGACGACUUUUGGACACUGACGAUGACUAAUGCAGUCUCGGUUAUUUGCUAAGCAAGAACACAACCCCCAUGUUCCUGAUCCUCCAAGAUCCUUAUUUUCUUGAAUGGCAUCUGGUUGGGAGAGGAAACAUUGAGGCAGCAUCAGCUUUGUCAUACCUGAAAAUGGCAGUAUUCAACUACAGAUUCAAGCAACCCGAUGCAAAUGAUAGCAUUCUGUGUUAUAGCAUGGAAUUUCCCAUAUUUUUUAAUCAGAGUAUUGUACGUGCCUGUGUAAGAAGAACCGAAGCGAUUGGAUGUUAGUCAAGGUUCCAGCUCAUAUUUUGUAUGAGAAAAGGUCUUUAAUAUAUGACAAAAAUUAAAUAAGUAUUUUUUUUGGAAUUAUGACAGUGGCAUUUCUUUUUCA